AGAAAAGUUCGCUGAUAUAGAAACAAAUAUGGCGACUUGGUACUUGGAAGCCUAAAGUGUUUUUCUAGCAUCAAAGUAAGAUUUUUUCUUGUGUUUUUAGUAAAAAUAAAGUCGGUCUAGAAUGCCGGCUCUAGAAGUGGGCUUUGCGCCACCAACGGAGGCCCCAGAAACACCUCAAGUACAGCCUACUCCAGCUGUCGUGGGUAUCAUUUACCCGCCGCCUGAGGUUAGGAACAUCGUUGACAAGACUGCCAGCUUUGUUGCUAGAAAUGGACCUGAAUUUGAGGCCAGAAUUCGUGAUAAUGAGCAGGGCAAUCCUAAAUUUAACUUUCUCAAUUUUGGUGACCCAUACCAUGCAUAUUAUCAACACAAAGUUAAAGAUAUCAGAGAAGGAAAAGGUCAAGAUCAAUCUGGCACUGUUCCGCCAGGGACUGCACCUCCUUCCAAGACAGUUGCCUCAGUGAAAGAAAAGCAGCAAGAGCUCUUGAAGUCUGCCAUUGAACAGCCUUUUAUUCCCAAAGAUCCACCUCCUGAACUUGAAUUUGUAGCUGAUCCACCAUCCAUUUCAGCCUUAGAUCUGGAUAUUGUAAAGCUCACUGCACAGUUUGUUGCUUUGAAUGGACGUACCUUUCUUACAAAUUUAAUGAACCGCGAACAGAGGAAUUUUCAAUUUGACUUCCUCAGACCCCAACACUCACUCUUCCAGUACUUCACCAAACUCCUUGAACAGUACACAAAAGUGCUUAUACCACCCAAAGAUAUGAUGUUUCGCUUGAAAGAUGAAUGUUCAACAACUGGUCACAUUUUGGAACAAGUCAAAUACCGUUCUGAAUGGAUCAAGUAUCAGGAAGCACAAAAGAGGAGAGAGGAGGAGGAGCUAGAAAAAGAGAGAGUGGCUUAUGCUCAAAUUGACUGGCAUGACUUUGUUGUUGUGGAAACUGUUGAUUACCAACCAAUGGAAGUUGGGAACUUUCCACCUCCAACCACACCAGAUGAAGUUGGUGCUAGAAUGCUCAUGCAAGAGCGUUAUGAUGUUGGAGAUGAAAUGCAACUUAGUGAUGAAGAUGAAGAUGACAGAGAGGAAAGACGUCCUCGUGUUCGCAAGGCCCCAGCUCAGCAUGUCUUCAGACGUGACCAUCGCGAUAGACGGGAAGAUGAUAAUGAUGAACAGCAAGAAGAAAUGCAGAGGAGAUACAAGGAUAAAGCAGAAAGCCGUGAUAACAUUCAGGUUCAAGACAUGGAGGAAGGCUCUUCAAGUGAAGAAGAAGAUGAUGGUCCUCCAGGAGAAAGGAAAUUACCAGCAGCACCGCCACCUCCUCCUCCACCCAAAGAAGCUAUGCAGCCUCCUCCUCUGCCACCACUACCUGAUCGGGUUUUGGUUAAGAAAGGAUAUGAUCCUAAGCAAGCUGUUAAGAUUACUCGCCCACCUGCACCAGACGAAAUGCUUAUUUCUCCCAUUACUGGAGAGAAAAUUCCUGCUAAUAAGGUUCAAGAACACAUGCGCAUUGGUUUGCUGGAUCCUCGAUGGGUUGAACAACGUGACAAACACAUACAAGAUAAGAUGAACCAAGAAACAGUGUAUGCCCCAGGUGCUGCCAUUGAGGCCAGUUUGAAGCAACUUGCUGAAAGACGUACUGACAUUUUCGGUGUUGGUGAUGAAGAAACUGCUAUUGGUAAGAAGAUCGGUGAGGAGGACACCAGAAAGGAUGAAAAGGUCACCUGGGAUGGUCACACGUCCAGUGUGGAAGCCGCCACCCGCGCCGCUCGCGCCAACAUCACGCUGGAGGACCAGAUCCAGCAGAUUCACAAGGCGAAGGGUCUCCUGCCGGACGAGGAGAAGGAGAAGAUUGGACCCAAGCCGAUCAAGGGUCGGGAGCGGGACAGGGGUGUGGUGGCCGACAAGGGCCCGCGCAAGGCGGAGCAGCCCAAGCCUCCGGGCACCAAGGGGCCCGAGGCACCACAACCGGCACAACCCGGCGCGGCCGGCGUGCCCCUGCCCCCCAUGCCGGGCAUGCCGCAGAUGGCCCCCAUGCCAGGCAUGCCUCAGGGGAUGCCCGCCGGCAUGUCGCACGCCCCCAUGCCCAUGGCGCACGCCCCGAUGCCCAUGGCCCCGAUGCCCUCCAUGGCUCCCAUGCCCCCGGGGGGACCUGGCAUGCCCCCCGGUAUGCCCCCGAGCAUGAUGAUGAUGCCAGGCAUGGCCCCACGGCCAAUGAUGGUCCAACAAGGUCCCUAUUCAGUACCCCAGCCUGGAGGGCCAAUGCAGAGGUUCCUUCCCCCUGGAGCACCUCAACCGGCGCAGCCUCCAAUGCCACACAUGGCGCGGCCGUCAGAAUCUGUAGAGGAUGAACCACCAAGCAAGAAAUCACGAAAUGAAGAUAAUCUUAUUCCAGAACAAGAGUUCUUAUCCAAGCACAAGGCCCCAGUUACCAUUAAGGUUCAGGUGCCAACUUCCUCAGACAAACCAGAGUGGCGACUGAAUGGACAAAUGCUGAGUCUAGUUUUACCUUUGACGGAGUCUUUUGCUGCUGUGAAGAGUAGGAUACAAGAUGAAACUGGUUUGCCUCCAGCUAAACAAAAACUUCAGUAUGAGGGUAUGUUCUUCAAAGACUCAAAUACUUUGGCCUUCUACAAUAUGAUGUCUGGUGCCAUAGUACAGUUGCAGCUUAAGGAGAGAGGUGGAAGAAAGAAGUAAAUUGAUGGAGAAAGUGAAUGAAUUGGGGAAUAAUGAUAUCAUGUAAAAAUAAACUUGUAUAUUGGAUUUAUUUAAAA